AUGCCUUCCUUCGGCAGUGUGUCCAUGAUAUUGGUGCAAAGCAGCAGAGCGCCGAAGGCCAUUUCCGCUAUGCAGUUAUUCAAUCUCGAUCCUGUUUGCCUCGAAUGGUGUAUCAAUGUGGUCGGGGCAUUGGAAGAUAGUUCCAGGGGCCAUUUCCGGCAUACAGGCUUGAGCAUUGAAGAUUCAGAUGAUUGGCAUUCUCCUGUGGCAGUAAUAGUACUCAUUUUUCCACCCUCCUCGCUAACUCGUAACCCUUAA